AUGACCCCCGUGCUCACCGCGGUCGCUGGCACCUUCAUGACCCCCGUGCCCACCGCGGUCACUGGAACCUUCAUGACCCCCCGGGACCUGCGGGAGAGGAGCACGAACACAUCCACGGCUGGCCCCUCCUGUGCCAAGGACAGCUCUGCUGAAACGGACUCCUUGCUCUGGCACCAGCGGCUGCGGCCCGGCGUGGGGCCGGCUGAGCAGAGGGAUGCACUCACGCAGACGGACAUCACCCACCCCAAAGGGAGCGCCUGGAGCAGGCAGUGCCUCCUGUUUCGGGACCUCGCAGAUGCCGCGUUUCAGAGGUUGCAGGAUGAGCAGGGAGCCCUUGACUGCGAGUGGGAGCAGGCGAGGGCCCUGGUGUCCCGGUGCCAGGCUGUGCUGGAGAGGGUGCCCGGAAAGCUGCGGAGCUGCCUGAAGGAGCGGGAUGCCAUGAGACAGCAAGUGGACGAAGCCCUCCGAGCCAAGGAGGAGAGCGAUCGCUUCCUGGAGGCCUUCCGUGCCCAUGCCAGUGCCCGCAUCGGUGCCCGUGACCAGAGCCUGGCCUCCCAGCAAGAGCUGGCCAGGCUGCUGGUGGAUGCCAUUGACCAGCAGGCAUCCCUGGUUGCUGAGGUUCAGCCUUUCCGGGAAUUCAUAGACGUCAUCUUUGAAAACCUGGAGGAGGAACGGAGAGCCCUGGACAUGGAGCGGGAUGCGAUGAGGCAGCGAGCGGACGAAGCUCUUCAAGCCAAGGAGGAGGUGUCCUGCCAGCUGGAGGAGAGCUCGGUGGCCCUGCAGGACACGGCGGCUCAGCUGGAGCAGCUGACGGUGGCCAACUCACGCCUCAGCGCAGGUAGGGGCAGGNNGGCGCUGCAGCAGGAGAACGAGAAGCAGUGGAAGGAGGUGGCCCGGCUGGCACAGGAGAGGGACACCCUGCAGCAGGAUUGCAACGGGCUGUGCCAGGAGCUGCGGGAGGCAACCGAGUGCCGGGAGUUCCUCAAUCAGGAGAACCACAUGUCCCGCACGCAGCUGCUGGAGGUGGAGGCCAGGCUGAAGUCCACGCUGACCACCCUGCAGGAACAGAGCCUGCAGUACGAGGAGCUGAUGAACUCCCACCAGUGCCUGCGGGAAGAGCAGGCUGCCCUCUGCCAGGAGCUGGAGAGCACCAAGGCUGAGCUCCUCGACUUGCGGCUCAGGAGGGACAAAAUCUCCUGGUGCUCCACGGACAUCACCGAGAGCAAGAUGCGGCUGCAGGAGCUUGCCGAUUGCCUCAGGGCUGCUCUGCAAGAGGAGGAUGACGCCCCAUCGAGAAGCAGAGCGUGGACCCCAGCUCCGCGGACACCAGGCUGGCAAACACCCCGCCGUGCCUGGACCCCUGCCUGCCGCACGCCGGCGUGUCGCACCCCAUACUGCGCCGGGGGCUCCUUCGUGGGCAGCGUCCUGAAAGCGGUGUCAGGGAAAGAUGCCGAUGAAGCUGCCGGAGGUGGCAGUGCGUUUACCAAGGACAAACCUGCCUCUACACCAAAGCCAAUAGAGCCCGAGGACGGUCUGCUGGAGAGUGUGAAGGAGCUGAGAGCCGUGGUCUCUGACCUCGCCAUGCUGAGCUCCCGCAUCCAGGAGCUGGAGCAGAGCGAGUUCAAGGCACUGCAGACAGAGAUCUCCGACCUGCAGCUCCGCCUGGAGACAGUGACAGCCGAGAGCCAGGAGAAGAUGGACACCCAGGCUGCCACCAUCACCAAGCUGAACAAGGCGCUGAGGGGCAAGCUAGAGAAUGAGAGGGAGCUGCAGGACGUGGUGAAACAGCAGGAAGAGAAGAUGCUGCAGCUCAUUGACAAGAGUGGGGAAGUCACGAGGCUGAAGGGAGAGGUCUCCCAGCUGAAGCGCUUGGUCCAGCGUGCGGAGACAGAGAACAAGGUGCUGUGGGAGGAGUUGCGGGGGCAGGAGCCCAAGGUGGAUGCUGCCUACGUCCAGGAGCGAGUCCUGCUGCGGCAGGAGGUGGACAAACUGCGGCUGUUGCUCCUGGAGAAAGAGGAUGAGAAUCUGCUGCUCUCCAACAAGUACCUGGAGCAGGUUCAAGGCCUGGAGCUGAAGCUCCAUCAUGCCCAGAAAGUGCUGAGGACCCACGAGGAGAUGCAGGAGAAGAUGAAAGAG